AUGUCUCUCAAACGCAAAGCAACCACAAAUCCUACCAACGACGCCAAAAAACCCAAAGCAAACGGAUCAAUCACUUCAUUCUUCGGUCCACCCAAACCCGUUUCCUCAACUCCCAAAGGAUCUGGUAACUCUACAGAUUCUACUGCCCAAGCACCAGCAGCAUUCAAAUUCAAUAAGGAAAAAUGGAUAGCUACGUUGACAGAAGAACAGAAAGAUUUGUUGAAAUUGGAGAUUGAAACGCUACAUGAGAGCUGGUUGGCGGUAUUAAAGGAUGAGAUUGUAGGAAAAGAGUUUCUGGAAUUAAAGAAGUUUUUAAAGAAGGAAUUGGAGGGAAAGGAUAAGAUAUUUCCACCGAUGGAGGAUGUUUACUCUUGGUCAAGGCAUACACCUUUUAACACCGUCAAAGCCGUGAUAAUCGGUCAAGAUCCAUACCACAACUUUAAUCAAGCUCAUGGUCUCUGUUUCUCCGUCCGCGCUCCUACACCGGCUCCACCUUCACUCAAGAACAUUUUCAAAGCUCUCGCAAAAGAUUAUCCGGAUUUCAAACCUCCUCCAAAUAAUGGUGGUCUUCUUACUCCUUGGGCAGAUCGCGGUGUCCUUCUCAUCAACACAUGUCUUACAGUUCGAGCUCACCAAGCCAAUUCCCACGCAAACCACGGCUGGGAAAGAUUUACUCAAAAAGUUAUCGAUACAGUUGCUCUGAAGAGAAAUAAAGGUGUGGUAUUCUUGGCUUGGGGAAGUCCUGCAGGAAAAAGAGUUGCGAAAGUGGAUAGAAAGAAACAUUGUGUUUUGAUGAGUGUACAUCCUAGUCCUUUGAGUGCGAGUAGGGGAUGGUUUGAUUGUGGACAUUUCAAGAAGACGAAUGAGUGGUUGACUGAGCAUCAUGGGGAAGAUGCAGUUAUUGACUGGAGUUUGGAUAUUCCUGCUGCUAAAGCGGGCGUUUGA